UGCCCAGUUUCAUGUAUAAAUAGCCCCACACUUUGAGCGUUCAGCUUUCACCGAUCAAGAGUCAAGAUGAGUCUCAGUGCUAAGGACAAAGAUACAGUCAGGGCUUUGUGGGCCAAAGUGACCCCCAAAGCUGCGGACAUCGGAGCCGAUGCUAUCGGCAGGAUGCUGUGGGUGUACCCGCAGACCAAGACCUACUUUGCCCACUGGAAAGACCUGAACCCCGGCUCUGCACCGGUGAAGAAGCACGGAGCCACCGUGAUGUCCGGAAUCGCCGAUGCUGUGUCCAAGAUCGACGACGUGACUGGAGGUCUGGCUGAGCUGAGUAAGCUGCAUGCCACCACCCUGAGAGUGGACCCCAUGAACUUCAAGAUUCUCUCCCACAACAUCCUGGUGGUCCUGGCCAUCAACUUCCCCAAUGACUUCACCCCCGAGGUGCAUGUGUCCGUCGACAAGUUCCUGGGCAUCCUGACUCGCGCCCUGGCCGACAAGUACCGAUGAAGUGCACGAGGAGGCACCAGCAGAAGAUGGACAGCAGUACGACCACUCUGAAUUCAAAUUAAAUGUCAUUCUAAAACUGA